AUGUUCGCUGAGGCGGCUAAGUUAAUGGUGUUUGCUAUUCACAAUUACUCCAUGUCGCCCUCAUGGAUCUGGCGUGCUGCCUUUCAUAUUUUCCGGUGUGCGCGACGUCCAGCAGGUUUGUGCAUAUUCAGUAGAAACAUGAAUCCAUUUCAAAUGAUCGAUGAAAAUAAUCGAAUUUUGGAAGCCAUUCUCUCUCAAAUGGUAAUUAAAAAUUGGGAAGGAGCGGUUGCUGAGAGGCCGGAUAAACUAUCACAGAAAAGGAUGCGGAACGUCGACCUUUCUCGGGAACCGGAGUGUCUUCAUGUGCAAAGGUUACAAAGACUCUACGAAGGUCUUAGUUACUUCGCUCUUUGGCAUCUUAACAAGGAUAGACCAUCCGGAGCACAGUAUUUGGAAAAAGCCAAAAACAGAUUUUCUGAAGUCGAAUCGCUUAUUGACCAUGGUCAUAUUUGCGAUGUCUUUAUUCGACCUUAUGUUCAUAUACUCCUCCAUGAAGACCAGGCGUCUGAGGCCCUGGAACUCCUUCAGAAAUACGCCACUCAACAAACUAACAACCCCAACACGGACUACUAUCUCGCUGAGUGGUACUUGCACACAGCAAUCGGUCGCAGCGCCUUCCCAGAGAAUGCAGAUGAAUUUCGAGAGGUGCUUGAAGAAGCUUUGCCCGUUUCGGUGGACUGUGAAGAAAUGCCGCCUCUGCUUAAGCACUUAGUUGCCUUCUCACUCCGUCUCCUCCCUAUGCCGGCGGCGCCGAAUUUGGUGGACGCAGAUAAAAGUCGGCAUUGUAUUAUUGCUGACAUCUGCUGCAGUCGUGGUUUCCAUGAAGCUGCCUUGGACAUAGCCUUCAAACUGCUCGACCAUCCCUCUUGGUGUCGAUUUAGACGGCCUUGGCUACUCCUGCAAACAUGUAUUUCAAAAAUCGGUAUUUCGAGCGAACAGGUCUCGAGAUUGUGGACGCUGCGGACUGCUACGUGGAAACUGUACGUACUUUCUCGACCCGAUCUUUGUGACGAGGGAAGAUCUGCUAAGCUCCUUCUUAAGAGUGUUCCUCGCGUCGAAAGUGAAACCGUUGUCCCUCAGCCGGAUGAAUACGGACCGAUACUCGAAGUCAAUUGCCUUAGAUCCUUCUCUGAGACCUCCUGA